AUGUCUCUUUUUAGAGGAAAUUUUUUAGAAGUAUUGAAUUUGGUUCGGGAUCAAAAUGAGAGUGUAUGGAAAGUUACGUUACAAAAUGCUCCAGGGAACAGUCAAAUGGUGGCUCCAUGUAUUCAAAAAGACAUUGCUCGUUGUUUUGCACAAGAAGUACUUAAAUCAAAUUUUGAAGAAAUUAGUGAUGAUGUUUUUGCUUUAUUAGUUGACGAGUCCAACAAUAUAUCUAAAAAUGAACAAAUGGCGGUGGAUACAUCUGCGUUGUCUCUAAAAUCUGCUAUUGACUCUUUAUUUUAUGAAUAUGGAUUGAGUUUGAUGAAGAUCAGGGGUCAAGGGUAUGAUGGACUAGUCAUUGUGGCGAUUGCAAAAAAACAUCACGAUGUUGGAGUCUUUUUUUAUAUGGUAGCUGUUCUAAUGAAUGUUGUGUGUGCUUCUUGUAAACAUACAAAUAUGAUUCGGGAAAGUCAAAAAGAUAAACUAGAAGAAUCCAUCGGUCAUGGUGAAAUUGAAAGGGGAAGUGGAUUAAACAAAGAACUUUCUCUUACUACAGCCGGAGAUACACGUUAG